AUGACCCUUCCUUUGAUAAGUGCGUCCGAUUGCCAGGGUGAAAUACAUCUGCUGGUCGGAACUAAUGCUUUGUCUGUGUGUAUGAACCGCGUUAGAACCAUUGAAGGCAGUGGAGCUAUUCCCGUAGUGAUUAAUGUGACGAGAAAGGAAGAUGUGAAGAAUUUGUUGUCUUGUGAGGGAGUGCAAAUUAUGGAUAGGGAGUUUCAAUUGGCGGAUUUGACAACUUUGGGACGUUCUUUGGUGGCUAGAGUGGUUGAUAGGGUAUUUGUAAAUUUGCCUAUGACGAAGAGCCCUCUGCAGAGAGAGAUUUACGAACAAUGUGUCAAAUUAAGAAUUCCCAUUAAUUGUUAUCAAAGACCAGAAUACUCUACUUUUCAUAUGAUUUCUACUUAUACGGACCCCAAGGGUAGUGGAUUACAGAUUGCUGUGACGACAAAUGGUCAAGGAUGUAUUCUUGCCAACCGAAUUAAGAGAGAAAUGCUUUCGCAUUUACCGGCUAAUAUAUCAGAGGUCGUGACUAACAUGGGUAGAUUGAGAGACCAGAUCAUCAAUGAGGAUCAGAGAGCACUGUUGGAGCAUAAUUAUGGGAAUACGGCGGCCUUGGCAAUUGCAGAGAACAAUUGGUAUGGUCUCAACGAUGAGGACUGGGAAAGUCAUAAACUUAAUAAGCUUGUCGAAGAAUUUGCAAUGACAGAGAGAGAUCAAAAACUGAGAAGGACAAGGUGGCUUUCGCAAGUGAUGGAAUACUACCCACUAGCGAAAUUGGCCGAGCUUGAUUUGCAGGCUCUGGAUCUACCAGCAGAGGCGACGUCUGGCAAAACACAGACGUCCAAUGCCCAGGAAUCUGCGCCAAAAACGUCACAAGAAGUACACUCGCAAAACGUGCGGCCAGACUUGACUGUCGCUGCCGUUGAAGCGACCAAGACUACGGCCUCUUACGGUCACGGCACCAUUUCCCUGGUUGGAAGUGGUCCCGGUUCUGUAUCCAUGCUCACACUAGGCGCUUUAAGUGAGAUUAAGAAUGCUGAUUAUAUCCUGGCUGAUAAGUUAGUACCACAACCGGUUCUUGACUUAAUUCCAAAUGGCACGGAGACUUUUAUUGCACGUAAAUUCCCAGGCAACGCAGAAAGAGCCCAACAAGAACUACUCGAAAAGGGAUUGGAAGCUCUAGAGCAGGGCAAAAAAGUUGUAAGAUUAAAGCAAGGUGAUCCUUACAUCUUUGGUCGUGGUGGUGAAGAGUACCUCUUCUUCAAAGAACGUGGUUUCGAACCACAAGUCUUACCGGGUCUCAGCUCAUCAUUGGCCUCGACAGUGACAGCGAAGAUCCCAGCCACACAGAGAGACGUAGCGGAUCAAAUUUUGGUUUGUACCGGAACCGGUAGGAAAGGUGCACUACCAAAAAUCCCAGAAUACGUCGUCACCAGGACGACUGUGUUCUUAAUGGCAUUGCAUAGAGCCGAAGUGCUAGUUGAAGAACUUCUUAAGCAUCAAUGGGAUGAAAAUGUUCCAGCGGCCAUAAUAGAAAGAGCAUCUUGCAAAGAUCAAAGAAUAACUAGAACUUUGUUGAAGUAUGUCCCACAAGUGGUUGAAGAGAUUGGCUCAAGACCUCCCGGGCUUUUAGUCGUCGGAAGAGCAGUUACAGCACUCCUUCCUCAAGAACUUACACACUUUAACGAUUCUCGCAAGUAUUACGUUGAAGAGGGAUUCGAAGAGACUUCCCAGAACCUGGGAUCUCUUCUACAAUGUAUUUAA